AUGAAUUGCAAUCAAGCAAACAGUUGCAAAAACACGAACAGCAGCGUGCCAAAAAUGUUUCAGAGUUUUAAGUUGAGACCGCGGGCGAGAAGUUUUUCUGGAUUGCCUCCAAGAUCGAACAACGACCAUAAUUCGAAACUGUUAUUGGGCAAACCUCCCCGGACUCCUAGCUCGUCGCCUAAAACAAAGGAACGUAGACGAAGAAUAUCAGACGCAGAUCCAUGUCCAAGCAUAACGGCUCUGAAAUCGGGAAGCGUUGCGACAAGCUCAGACCUAUUAGCACCUUGUGACAGAAUUAUCAGUCUCAACGGCAUUUCAACAGCACGAAUGCGUCCUGACGAGUUGUCAAGCAUGCUUGACACUAUCGAUGGCAACACUGUCAUGGAACUUGAGUAUUCUUUACCCAGUUAUGCUUCUCAAAAUUCAAUUUGCGUCACGUCCCAAGUAACGGAUGUUACAAUAGAAAGAAUUGAUGGGUCUCUGGGAAUAACUUUGAGGGGCGGCUACGUCCCUGAACACCCUCACAUGAGUCGUCCCUUGAUCAUCACACAUGUCAGGCCUAAUGGACCGGCCCAUAGGAGUGGCCUAAUUCGUGUUGGGGACAGACUCUUAAAAAUCGAUAGAUACUCCUUAAUCAACAAAACUCUUAUGGAAGCUCAACAAAUUCUACGUGACACUGCUGGAUGCAACCCUCAUGGUAUAACUUUGUCCCAUUUAACUAUCGAAUACGACGUCAGCGUUAUGGAAUCUGUAAAAUAUGCAAACGGACCUUUACUAGUGGAAAUUGACAGGCAAGCCGAAGAAGAUUUUGGUCUUGUUUUGUCGAAUUGUAAUCCAUUGUUGGAAUCGGAGUCCUCUCAAAAUGAUAUAAUGACGCUUGGAUUUUAUGUUGAACGAGUACUGCCCGGAAGUACCGCAGAUCGAUGUGGAGCGCUUUCUAUUGGUGACCAAAUUCUGGCAAUCGACACUUUACCUUUGGACAAUUGGAACGGCAGUCCUAGUGACGCCGAAAAAAUCCUUCGUAGAGCCACAAAACUUCAAGUUCUUCCCUUCAGUGCGAUGCAACGGGCCCAGACUAGAAGUCAGUAUGGAGGUAGUACGUAUUGUGGAUGUUCAGGAUCUGGUGGAGUCUCACAUCCAGAAACUUUAACAGUCACUUUGACUGCUGAUAGAGGUAUAGGAUACGGGUUAACAGUUUCUGUAGGAGACCAUACUGAAAAUCGAUCAGCUGAUAUUCUUGUCACCAGAAUUUCUCCCAAUUCACCAGCUUACAGAUGUAGCUGCUUACAAGUCGGAGAUAGAAUCAUUUCAGUAAACCACCAAACGAAUUUAACUUUACAAGAGAUAACAUCGAUUCUGGAAAUGGGAUCUGACGCCACUGGCGGCAGAACGAUAACGAUAACUUCGGAAUUUGACGUUGCUGAUACCAUCGUUCCAUCCAGCGGUGUGUUUACUGUAAGAUUGGCCAAAAGAGGACCCGGAUUAGGAAUAACCAUCACAGCGUUUAUCCAACUUUUGCAUUACACCUCUAAUUUAAUAAGAAAAAUUGAUAAUGUUAAUUAG